GCGAGUCGCAAGGCCGCCGCUGGUGCGGUCUAGAGGUCCUCAGUCACACGGCUCUUCUUUCCCCCCCCUCUUUCUGCCCUUCUCAUGGAUACCUGUCCCCAGUGGGCUUCUGUACAAUAGCAUUAGCAUAUCAUAUCAUCCCAUAUCUUUAUCAAGGCAAAUCGCCUCGUGCCACCUACCCGGGCUGAACAAGAGACCUCGAUACCCCCCUGGACAAAGAGACAAAAAGACACCGGGAACCCUCCUCACGACGUGAUGAAAGAGACAUGCAUCAUACAAUCACUAGCCAUAUCUCUUUGUUUGCCCGUCGUCGUCGACUAUCUCCAUUCUUUAUAAAAGUAUCCAUAUAUGAGAAGAGACGAAGCCCUCCCUCGGCUCACUCGCAUACAAAUUUACCCAGUCCUCCUACCUCGUUUAUCCCCCCUCAAUGCAAGUACCCGAGGAGUACGCUCCCUGGGCUGCCUUUCAACUCUCCCCGAAUCAAUUCUACGCCAUAUUCAAUCGCAUGAAGGACAUGCUAAUCGCACCGCCUGUGGACUCCGACACUGACAGCGACAGCGACAGCGACGCCAGCAACGGAGGUACCAUCCAAAGCCCUCCAACGUCGGGCGUCGCUGUCCCCCGUGGCAGAAAGAAAACCGUGCGCUGGGGUACGGUUGUGGAAAUCCCUUAUAUCGAACCAAUUAAGUCCCAGGGUAGUGGUGGCAAACGUGGCGAAGGCGACAAAAGAAAAGGAAAACACGCGCAGCGCUCACCACCGCGGUACCCCUCCAGACUGCAUUCAAUUCGGAAACCUCCCACCAAGGGUGACCAAGAAAUGCUGUGCCAGAACCUCUGGAACCUGGCGCAGACGACCGAGCGUCGGUUGUUCUUGGCGUACGACUUGAUGGAACAGAUGGGGACGGACUUCAUGGACAGCGUGAUGCGGCAGGAAGAGGCGUUCCAGACUCUAAUGGCUGACCAGCGGGCGCGGGCGGCGCAGCGGGCAUUGGGCCAGCCGAGCCCUCCUCUGUCUCACGGGCGGAGCCAGAAGAGGAGGAGUCGGGCAGAGAGGAACCCCAGGCGCCAUCAUUCGGCGGAGGUCAUCAUCUCAGCUAGUUGGAUGUAGCAGGGUUGGUUGUACUUUAUUGAAAGAAUGAUUC